GAGAUGAUCAUAAAAUUCAACAAGGUCAACCGAUAAUUGACCCAUCGGGUAAAUGGCCUAGCAUUUCUGAAUUAAAGGCUAAUUUAAUUGUUGGUGAUGUAUUCAAGGACACUGCAAAAGUCACCAAUGAAGUUGUGCACGUAAAAAAGCUCUUAGCACCUCUCGAUAAAUCACAAGUUCCAAUUAUCCGAUGCAUUGGUCUUAAUUAUAAAGAGCAUGCUAAAGAAACAAAUCAAUCUUUACCUCCGCAUCCAAUUCUAUUUAUCAAACCUGCAACUUCUUUACAAGAUCCUUUUGAGCCAAUCAAAGUACCAUCUAUCGCUACUAAUAAUCAAGUUGAUUAUGAAGCUGAGUUGGCUGUU